CGUGCUCUGAGCCAGGAAGCGGGGAUUUAAAUCGGCAGCUGUUGGUCCGGGAUUCCUGCGAUGUCUGCCCAGCGCCGCCCGCCUCGUGGGGACCGGGGGGAACCCGGGGAAGGUGGGUACUUACCGCUCAGUAUAGACCCCCAGUACCAGGGAAGGUGGGUACUUACCGCUCAGUAUAGACCCCCAGUACCGGGGAAGGUGGGUACUUACCGCUCAGUAUAGACCCCCCAGUACCGGGGAAGGUGGGUACUUACCGCUCAGUAUAGACCCCCAGUACCGGGGAAGGUGGGUACUUACCGCUCAGUAUAGAGCCCCAGUACCGGGGAAGGUGGGUACUUACCGCUCAGUAUAGACCCCCAGUACCGGGGAAGGUGGGUACUUACCGCUCAGUAUAGACCCCCAGUACCGGGGAAGGUGGGUACUUACCGCUCAGUAUAGACCCCCCAGUACCGGGGAAGGUGGGUACUUACCGCUCAGUAUAGACCCCCCAGUACCGGGGAAGGUGGGUACUUACCGCUCAGUAUAGACCCCCAGUACCGUGGAAGGUGGGUACUUACCGCUCAGUAUAGAGCCCCCAGUACUGGGGAAGGUGGGUACUUACCGCUCAGUAUAGAGCCCCCAGUACUGGGGAAGGUGGGUACUUACCGCUCAGUAUAGAGCCCCCAGUACCGGGGAAGGUGGGUACUUACCGCUCAGUAUAGAGAGCCCUGUGUUAAUAGACCCCCAGUACCGGGGAAGGUGGGUACUUACCGCUCAGUAUAGAGCCCUGUGUUAAUAGACCCCAGUACCGGGGAAGGUGGGUACUUACCGCUCAGUAUAGACCCCCCAGUACCGGGGAAGGUGGGUACUUACCGCUCAGUAUAGACCCCCCAGUACCGGGGAAGGUGGGUACUUACCGCUCAGUAUAGACCCCCCAGUACCAGGGAAGGUGGGUACUUACCGCUCAGUAUAGAGAGCCCUGUGUUAAUAGACCCCCAGUACCGGGGAAGGUGGGUACUUACUGCUCAGUAUAGAGAGCCCUGUGUUAAUAGACCCCCAGUACCGGGGAAGGUGGGUACUUACCGCUCAGUAUAGAGCCCCAGUACCGGGGAAGGUGGGUUCUUACCGCUCAGUAUAGAGAGCCCUGUGUUAAUAGACCCCCAGUACCGGGGAAGAUGGGUACUUACCGCUCAGUAUAGAGAGCCCUGUGUUAAUAGACCCCCAGUACCGGGGAAGGUGGGUACUUACCGCUCAGUAUAGAGCUCUGUGUUAAUAGACCCCAGUACCGGGGAAGGUGGGUUCUUACCGCUCAGUAUAGAGAGCCCUGUGUUAAUAGACCCCCAGUACCGGGGAAGAUGGGUACUUACCGCUCAGUAUAGAGAGGUCUGUGUUAAUAGAGCCCCAGUACCAGGGAAGGUAAGUACCCCCAGUACCGGGGAAGGUGGGUACUUACCGCUCAGUAUAGAGAGCCCUGUGUUAAUAGACCCCCAGUACCGGGGAAGGUGGGUACUUACCGCUCAGUAUAGAGCCCUGUGUUAAUAGACCCCAGUACCGGGGAAGGUGGGUUCUUACCGCUCAGUAUAGAGAGCCCUGUGUUAAUAGACCCCCAGUACCGGGGAAGGUGGGUACUUACUGCUCAGUAUAGAGAGCCCUGUGUUAAUAGCCCUCAGUUCAAGGGAAGGUAGAGCCCUGUGUGGGUAGGUAGUACCCAGUAAUUACAUGAUAAACACUGCAAUAUAUCUUUAUGGAAUGGAUCAGUCACACAGCAGCCUUGUUUCUAGAUACAGAUUUACAGAUGGCAUAAAAUGCAUCCAAUAAUUACAGAUCUAGAUUAUUUUAGUAAAUCCCAAUCAUAACUGAUACUUGUUAGAUAUCUCCAUUUCAGUAACUCUUAGAUUGGCAAAGACCCUUACCUUCCUCCUUCAUAUUUUUAUGGAGGGUCUUGAAUCAGGCCUUUAGAUGCUGCAGAGCCUUUCUGGAACAUGCAUAUCUCAGCAGUGUGGCUGCCGUAAAGACCAAAAUACAGAUUAAUGAACGGUACACAAACCUUUUUUUAUUUAUUUUUCGUUUUACAAGGUAACUUAGUCACAUAUCUCUCUGCAAAUAUGGGGAUUCAGUUCCACCAUAUGGCCAUGUUGUGUUGAGCCAUCAAUAUCUGUGGGUCCUACAUUAGUUUGUCAAACCCUACUAAAGGUAGGAAUGUGCAUGCUCAUAGGAAAUAUUGUAUUCAGUGUUUGCCUGUGGGCUUCCGCGUCACAUGAGUAAGUUUUACUCCGCUUCCUUAUUGGAUGUCAGUAUGACAAUGUUUUACAUUGCAGCGUUCAAAGGACAGGGACACUGCACCCAGACCACUUAAUUGUGAAAUAUGUUUGAGGUGACCAUUGUCUCUUAUAAUAAAUUGCCAGCACUUCACGUCUGUCUCCUUAAAUGGCUGUUGUAGAAUUCUACAAAUUAAAAUCUUCCUACACAUACCUUUCCUAGCAGCGCAGUGCAUCAUGGCAAAUUAAACUUUAUUUUAAAGAAACAUUAUAGUGUUAGGAACACACACGUAGAGUCAUGAAGUGACUGUUUAGGUGACGGUCCCCUCCGGUCACAGUACAAAGGAAUUUUACUUGCCUUUUCUCCCACACAUGCGAGGUAAAACCUGUAUUCCAGACCCUAUAGUGUUAAAAACACCAUCUAGCCACCCUUGCCCCCUAAAUUUAGUAAAAUUGUACUUUUACUCCAGUCUGCUGCUGCUGGCCAUGCCCCUGAUCGGCCUGCUUGGCUGACCUCAUCAGAAGUGUUGAUCCAUAGGAAAUCAUUGAAUUGGCUGAGACUGUCAAGAAGGCAGAGCCAGCACAAGCCAAACACAGCCCUGGCCAAUCAGCAUCUUAGGGAUGCAUUGAAUCAAUUAAUAUCUGAGGAAAGUUCAGUGACUCCAUACAGAGAGUGGAGACACUGAAUGGCAGUACUGUACACUCUGCAGCACUGCCCCAGAAGGCACCUCUAGUAGCCUUCUGAGGAGUGGUUAGUGGAGUUAACCCUAGGCUGUAAUGUAAACACUGCAUUAUCUCUGAACAGACUACUUACUGCAAAAAGUCUGAGGGAAUUAUUCUACUCACUAGAACAAAUACAAUAAGCUAUACAGAACAAUGUACUUGUUCUGGUGACUAUAGUACCCCUUUAACCUAUCUCUAAUGCCUCAUUUGACACAAAGUAACUGCGCUUUAUGAGCAACACCUAGUUUUUAUAAUUCUUCUGUUCAUUCUAUCGAUCUUAUUUAAUUUUUCAUUCACAAACUGACAAAUAAUUAACGAAAGGUCCUUUUUGGGUGUUGGGUGUCAUAAAUUUCCAAUAUUCUAUUGGUCCCACGUUUAUAACGUCCACCCUUCUGUUUGUAGGUUCGGUCACAUGUGAAUCUGAGAGACACCAAGACUUUGUAGACAGACUGGCUUGCAAGUACAUGGUAAGUGAAAAUUCAUUCGGACCUUUUGCAGUGAGGGUGAUAGCUGGUGGAGGAACAGGAAAACGCAGUUAUAAAGAAAUCAUUUAAAGCGGCAAUGUCACCCCUGCAACCUUUAAAAAAAUUUAAAAAAAAUAAAAAAAAAUUGUAUUUCAUGAAGAAAGAAUCUUUAUUAAAUACUCAUUAUGGCUAUGUGAGAAUGUCACUUCUAGGCACUGGGAGGAUUUACCACAGUCUACAAGGGUCAAGCUCUCUCCAGCCAUCAUCAGCAGGGCCAGAUUAAAAGCCCAGUGGGCCUGGUGCUGACAAUUAUGAUGGGCCUACCUCCUAAGCGUCAUGUAUCUGAUGGAGAUGGUGCUGGAGGGAAACUCAUAGGAUGCAGCUAUGAGAAAACACAUACCAAUGCUUUCAUCUUUCAAGUAAACCCAUACCCCCUAACAGCAGUGUCCAGUAAAGCAGGAAGUCUAUGGACAGGGCAAAAGGGUGGGCCACUGACACAAAUCACAUAACCAGAACUGCCGAAAGAGGCAAACAUACACAAAAAGGGGGCAUGUCUGUGUCCCCAUGUCUCCCAGUCCUUUAGUGUCUGUGUCCCCAUGUCUCCCAGUGUCCCUAUGUCACUAGGACACUAGGGGACAUUGAGAGACAUUGGGACACUGAGAGACCUGGGGACACUGAGACUCUUGGGGAAACUGGGGACAUGGGGACACUGGGUAACUUUGAGACAUGAGAGGACACUGGGAGACAUCGGGCACUGAGACACUGUGAUACAUAGGGGACACUGAUAUAUAGGGGGCACUGGAGACUUGAUAAAGACCUGGGUACAGGUCAAAAUGUUGUGGUGUCCAAUAAACCCGCUUAAAUCUAUCACAGUGAGUGCCUGAGAUUUUUUUCUUUUAUACUAGGGGACACUGAGACACUUGGGGGCGCUGUGAGACAUGGGGACACUGGGAGACUAGGGGACACUAAGGACACUGAAACACACCAGGGAUACUGGGAGACAUGGGGCACUGUGACACUCUGAUACACAGGGGACACUGUGAUACAUAGGGCACACUGGAGACUUGAUAAAGACCUGGUUACAGGUUGAAACAUUGCUGUGUCCAAUAAAUCUGCUUAAAUCUAUCACCGCGUAAUAAUAACUAUCUAUUUCCAGAGCUAAAAGACUCUGAAUGUCGUGUUAGCUGGAAAGGAAUACAAGAUGAGGAAAUGUAUGCUCUUUGAUAGAACGCUGCACACCACUUAUAUUAAUGGUCAGAUAGCAAAUCCAAAGCCAACUGGCUAUACCUCUACCUACUCAGAAAAAUAGAUGAUAUAUGCAGAAAUAGAUAAAGAAUAAAAAGUCGUCCAAUUGUCCUAAUCUCUGACUUUAUUGAGUGAGGUCUCUAUCAGGAGUUGGAUUUUCUUAUAUCACACUGAGUAGGUGUCUAGGAUACAGGGAGCAGAUGGCUGAUGUCAUUGAUUCUACAAUAUGGUAAUAUAGAACUAGUAGAAGGUUGUUUGUAAUUACAAAUUGUUGCAAUCUCUCUUCUCCUAAUUUUGGUUGAUGCAAUUCAAUAUAGGAGACAGUUUGACUGAAGAAACUGAGCCAGAUAGCUGUCAGGUUAGGGCUUCUGUAUUAGCACAGUGUUGCAAUAUUGUUGCAAAACGGAGAGAGCAUAAAGAGGAUACUAAUUAGCUACAGUUGCUUUAACCCUCAGUUGUAUGGGGUUGGUAACUUGUUUCAGAUUGCAGCCCCUAUCUACUGCUCAUAUCUAAUGCCUGUCUUGAAUAAACUUGAAGAAUUAAAAAAAUAAGUGAUAAAUCGCUCUGUGAACUAGAAAUGAUUGAGUAGUUAUUAACUCAUUAGGUAUUCACAGGCAGAAUAGAGACAGGAGUAGACAUAUAACAGCUUCUCUCUGAUUGCUCACUAGACUUAAAUCUAUCACAGUGAGUGCCUGAGAUUUUUUUUAUACUAGGUGACACUAGGAGACAUGGGGACACUAGGGGACAUUGGGACACUAGGAGACUAGGGGACUUUGGGAGACUAGGGGACACUGAGACACUGCGGACACUGGCACACUGCGGACACUGGCACACUGCGGACACUGGCACACUGCGGACACUGGCACACUGCGGACACUGGCACACUGCGGACACUGGCACACUGCGGACACUGGCACACUGCGGACACUGGCACACUGCGGACACUGGCACACUGCGGACACUGGCACACUGCGGACACUGGCACACUGCGGACACUGGCACACUGCGGACACUGGCACACUGCGGACACUGGCACACUGCGGACACUGGCACACUGCGGACACUGGCACACUGCGGACACUGAGAGACACCAGGGACAUGGAGACAAGGGGAUACUGAGAUACUAGGGACACUGGCUGGAAGACAUGGGGACACUGGGAGUGCCCCAUGUCUCCCAGGUCUCAAAGUCACCCAGUGUCCUCAUGUCUCUCAGUGCCCCCUAGUGUCUAAGUGUCCCCAUGUUGCCCAGUGUCCCCUAGUAUUUGUAUCCCCAUGUCUCCCAGUGUCCCUUAGAGUCUGUGUCCCUAUGUCUCCCAGUGUCCCGAUGUCACUAGGACACUAGAGGACACUUAGAGACAUUGGGACACUGGGAGACAUGGGGACCAUGAGACACUGGGAGAGACAUGGGGACAUGGAGAGACUAGGGACACUGAGAGACACAUGGGGACACUGGGAGACCUGGGGACACUGGCUGGGAGGCAUGGGUACACUGGCUGGGAGGCAUGGGUACACUGGCUGGGAGGCAUGGGUACACUGGCUGGGAGACAUGGGUACACUGGCUGGGAGACAUGGGGACACUGAGAGACUAGGGGACACUGGGAGACAUGGAGCCACUGUGUCCCUAGUGUCUCAGGGUCCCCAUGUUCCCCAGUGUCCCUAUGUCUCCCAAUGUCUCAGUGUCCACAUGUCUCGCAGGCUCGUAGCUGCUGUCUGGACUCUCUGUGCAGAGCUGCUCCCCCGCGGAUCAGUGAGUAAAGAGAGGCAGAUGCUGUAACUUCUUAUCCCUGCCUCUCUCCACACAAACAGCGACCCUUACUGGCUGGCGCUGGUAUUGCAGAAUAAUAUCUGUUUAUAUUGAGAUAGACAUUUGUAUUGCCGGUAUUACUGCAAUACCGGCACCGGCUAGGCAGCCUCAAAUACCUGAUAAAUACUUCUGAGAAAUACCUGGCAACCAUAAGAAAUACCUGGCAACCCCAAUAGUAGUGUGUGUAAAAAAAAUAAAAAAUUUUAAAAAUUUAAAAAACAAAAAAUCUUUUUUUUUUUUUUUUUUUAAAUCAAUGGGCCUAUUCCAUGGGCCUGGGCCUGGAGCUGCAGCUCCAUCAGCCCCUAUGUUAAUCCGGCCCUGAUCAUCAGUACCUUGUUGCCAGCUUAGAUUUCUGAUGUUUCCUGCUAUACAUUUUGUACAUCUGUUUUGUAAGGAUUUGCAAAAAAAAAUUAAAAAUAUGAAUUAAAGUAACAAUCCAUCCACCAUAACCACAGGAGCAUCCUCUGUCGUGUUAAAAGAGGGAAGAGCACUUGCGGUAUUAAGUAGUCAAAUUACUUUAGAAGAGUUUGACUUGUUACCUUGGGUCCGCCUAGCACUGCUCCCUCCCUCUGUUACUAGAGCUGGAAAUUGCUGCAGAGCCUCAGCUGAUUGUUCCAAUAAUGGCUUGCCUGUAGUGGCAAUGGUGUGUGUCCGUCCCUAUAGAAAAAAAAUCCUGAAUAAAUUCAGGCUAACCUGUCCUUGUUUUAGAAGCCAUUGAUGUCAACUGCACAAUGGAAUUCUGGGAGUUACUCUGAAAAUACUUUUUAUAAAAGUGAGGACAUUCCAAGAUAGCUUACUGUAGAUUGGCAUUUAUCUAGCGAAGCCACAGUUAGUUUAGCUAACAUCUUUCAAACCGGCUCACCUGAUGGGAAGGUGCAGAUAGAGUAUGUGGGAGGGCCUAUUUAGGGUUUUAUAUGUUGUGACCUGUCUCGAUUGGUUCUUUUCACAUUGCUUUGUUAACCCUUUAUUUGCUUAUAGAAGGUGUUAGUUACGGUUAUACAAAUAUUUGUCUCCUGCCUUUACAAGAACACUGCGGGCACUAUAACAACUUCAUCCACAGGUUGUUAUGGUGCCCAGUGUUCUUUCAAUAUAAUCGAUAAUUAUCUGACAAUUAAUGUAAGAAAAUGGAGAUUUUAAAACCACUGUAAAAUGCAUAUAAAGAGACACUCUAAGCUCGCUCAUGUCACCGGCGCCCUGCCUCUUAAUUCCCUGGUUCUGUAUCAAACUAUCUUUAAACCAUGUAUUGCUAUUGCAGGGAUUAGCCUUCUGUGUUGGCACAGUUAAUUCUGGAGUGAAGAAGCCAUGUCAAACCAUUUAAGCAGUUUUACACAGAACGUGACAGUGGCACCAUAACCACAUUGUACUGCAAUGAUAAUGGCGCCCCACCAGUUUGUGUCCCUUUUUAAAAGUAAAAAUAUGGUAGCUUCCAAAAUCUCCAGUUCUCUAAUAUAUACUGGUUUAUUCACUUAGGUAUAGGGGAGAAUUGGCAAGGAGAUGGCUUUAUCAGUUUCACUAUUAUGAAAUAAAAGUAGUCGUUUGGUAAUUUCGGACUAAAAUCUAUAGUUUCCUUGUCAGUGUAGUGAAUAAACCUCAAAGUAAAAAAUAAAAGUCUACUUCUAGUUUUUCUGAGGUGAAACAAAGUGACACAAAGUGUGCUGGCUUUAUUUCCCUCUAAUUUGUUAACUCCCACUAAUGAAAGGCUGUGACAAUUGUCCCUGUCAACCCUGAUCUGCAUAAACGGUAACUUUGGCUUUGGAAAGCCACCAAUGGGAUUGACUUAUUUCUCACUGUAAUGUAUCAAAUGUCUUUAACUAUCUUGCACAACUUGGUUAUAUUACAUGCAUAAAUAACAAAUAUAUAUAUAUUUUUUUCUUUUCUCCCCUUUUAGAGAAAAUGUAAAGUAAAAGUAGAAUUGAGCACGGACUCGGAAUCCGACAACGAGGUAUAACGUUUAACUUGCGUUUUAGUCCAACAGAUCCAUUUUUUAAUGAAAAGUGCAUAUGGGUUGUGUGAGUGGGUAGACUGGUAGAUGUGAUCUUAAAGAGGUUAUGACUAAGGGGCUUAUUGAGUGACCACUGGAUCUAGUUCAUGGUAAACUGAACUGCAAUAUUUAGCCCCACAUAGAUCUUGAAAGACUGUUAUGUUGGCACAGUAAGGCAGUGGGCUUUCAGGCGUUAAACGAUCUGCAUCAUAAAUUUCCACUAUUUUAUUAACGUAUGCUAAUCCAGUGCAGGUAGCUUGAAAUGGGACUUCUUAAAUUGAUUUAUUUUAACUUUUUUAUAUCCAGUAACUCAUUCAAACUUAUCCAGUAAUUGGCUAAAUCUCUGAAUUCUAAUAAGUGCAAAAUUCCAUUUUGUUUUAAAGCUUCCAUUUAAUUGUUUGAGACAGACUUGUUUAAAUUUUUGUUUUGUGUGCUUGUUCUUGAUUAGAUCUUUGGACCGGGCCCUACAAGCACUCCAAAUCAUGGCUCCUCGUGGAGAAAAAGAUCCACAAAACUACAGGUAAAGCUGGUGGUGGUUUGGGGCCUGUAUACAUCCCUCCAUUGAUGGCAUUAGAGUUCUCAGUGACAAACUCUUGGCAACGUUGAGGUCAGAUAGAUGGAGGUUUGGACGUCCAGUUGAAAUUCUCUUCUCCUUAUAAUAACCAGAUGCUGUUGUACUAUUAACCUGAUUUUAUGAAUACUUUUUGGGAAAUGCAGCUGUCUAUAAAAUUGCUACAGAAUUUAAGGCUCAGUGAUUUUCUUAAAGGGAAACUAUAGUGCCAGGAAAAGUUGUUUUCGUGGCAUAAUAGCUCCCAUGUCUCCUGUCUCUACUGGCAGACAGCCACUAGCGGUGAUGUUAACCUAUAAAAGGAACUAUUGCAGUUAAUUAAAAACUGAAAUAAUAAUUACCUUUCCUCCAGGGUUAAGGGACCUGGGAAUAUGCAAACACUUCAACUCACUGAAGUGGUCUGGGGACCAAGUAAAACAAAACAAUCUGUAAAGGAAUACUAUAGUCAGGAACACAAACUUAUUCCUGACCCUAUUGUGUUAAACACUAUCUUUCCCCCCCUAAAUAUAGCAAAAAUCUUACCUUUUUAUUCCAGUCUGCUGAUGUUUGGCACACGUCAAACACAACCCUGGCCAAUCCGCAUCUCCAUGAGGAAAGUUGUCUCCAUGCAGAGGGUGGAGACACUGAUUGUCCAUGAUGCACUGUGUGCAGCACUGACUCAGGAAGCACCUCUAUUGGCCAUCUCUAAGGAGUCUCUGAAAAGACUGUUUAAUGUAAAAAGCCUAAAGAGACGGACUAUACUCACAAGAACAAUUACAUUAAACUAUAGUUGUUCUGGUGAAACUUGUGGUCCUUCAAUCUUGAUCAAAGAAUUUCAUAAAACCUGACUAGCGUGCCUUAGUCCUGUUGUGUAUUAUUCUUAGGUUCUGCUGGAAUCACUUGAUUAACCCUCUAUCACGUACGAACAAUAAUUAAAUAAGUGAGUUACUUGUUCCAUGACCCCAGUAAACUUGCAGUAUUUACUGGGGUAAAUUGGUAUGUAAAUAAAAAUAAGCCAGUGAGUGUUUUUUUAUUUUUAUUUUUUAUUUUUUUGUGUGUAUAUCUAGCAAAACCAAUAAUUCUCAGUUUUAUUUCUUUUCCCUUUUUGUGCUUACUUAUGGGUGUAAUUCUUUAGUUCCUAGAUCCAUAUGAUGGAGAUUCUGAAGAAGCCUCCACACAUUCCGACUCUGCUGUGUACAGUCGGUGUCUACCUAAAAGGGGCAAGAAGUCUCCGCUCAAAGAUACAGUGGAUCCGAAAUACCAGGAAGGUACAGUUUUAGUACCUGAUCACAUACCGCCACCAAGUGAGCAGAAAAAUAGCCCAGCACUGGAAUCCAGUGACAUCUGCAUGAGGUCGCUGACGGACUCAGAAACCUCUCUUCAAACGUCAGAAAAACUCUGUGAUAAUAGCAAAGGUCUUCAAGAUACUCUAGAAAUUUCAAUGGAUUCUAGAGCAGCACUGGAAAACCGGCGUUCUAAUUCUGGCCACUUUCUUCUGAUUGGUGUAGAUUCAAGAACUGCUAAUCACAGUGGAACUGUUACUUCCCCUAGAUUUCAAGGAAAUCUACCCCCAACGGAGGAAAAUGUGGAUUGUUCCAUGUCUCCCAUUUCUUUGGCAAAGCGGAAAUUAGGACUCAAAAUGGAUUUUAACAAUGAUAAACAUAGAAGAAAGAAGGCACGAGUUACAGACACCAUGGUACAUUUUCAAUCCCCUUCGCAGAUUUCCACUAUUUUUAGGUUUCAACAUAAUUCCUAGACACCAGCCAAUAGUGUUUUUAAAUAGCUACCGGCCAGGUACCUCUUUAUACUUCUCUACCAUCUAUGUACAUGGAAUGACCUUUAACCCCUUAAGGACCAAACUUCUGGAAUAAAAGGGAAUCAUGACAUGUCACAUGUGUCCUUAAGGGGUUAAACCUACAAUACGGUGCUGGGUGUGGGAGACCAACUGAAAAGACCUAAAAUAGUGUUUGACUUCUAGGAAGAGCUAUCUGAAAUCCUCCAGUAUUUGCUACUAGAAGCUUAACUUUGUUUUCACAGGAUUAAAGCAAAACUCCCAACUUUCAGCUUCCAUCCCAAUCUGCACACGACACUAAAUAUGUACCUUCUUAAAAUAAAACUGCAACAACGCUGCAGUGAAAUGUUAUGUAACUUGUUUGAGCUCAAACUAACUUUCUCUUUAAAUUCUAUGUAGUGGUUGUCAUCGGCUAUUAAAAGUGGGGAUUAAUCUGGGAAUGUCUGCUGGUGGUCUUAUUCACUAAGCUGUAGUUUGUCAUUUACUACAGAGUGCAAAUCUGAUUGAAUCCAAAGACGCUGAUCUUGUGUUUGGCUAAUGUAACAAUAAGGGGAGAGGCAGAGCAAGGCAUUCAAUGUCUGAGCAUUACAGAAUCUCACUGUAGUAAUAUAGUAAAUAUCAUGCACUUACAACAAAAGGGAACACUAAACCUACCUGGUGCAGUAUUCAGAAAGAAAGGGGAAAUAGUGCAAUUCCCAAGAGAAUAGUUUAACAUUGUCAUUCAGAUUGUUGCUGGUCUCCAAUGUCAGAAAUAGUGGGUUCGCAAUGGAUGGUUUAAGAGUUGACACUAGUUUGAGAACAUAGUGGGAUCCCACAGAAUAGUUCUGUCCUUUUUGUAUUAUCUUGCGCUGUUUUUGGGUUGUUUGCAAAUUGCCUAGGGUCCGUCUAGGUAAAGGGUAAUCCAGACAUCAACCCCUUGCUCUCUGUGCCUAGAUUUUUAUCAGCCUAAUAUCACGGUUAAGAUUGUCUGGAGUGUAACUCUCCAGCAGAGGGAGCUGGAUAAGGUUUUGUAAUGGCACAAGAUUCAGACCCAUCAAAGGGCGCACUAACUUAGUUCUAGUCACUCUUGUGCUCUGCUUUGCUAAUUGACAUAUUAAAGGACCACUAUAGUGCCCUGAGGGUGCCCACUCCCGCCCAGCUCUGGGGAGAGAAAAGGGGUAAAACUUACCUUUUUCCAGCGCUGGGCGGCGAGUUCUCCUCCUCCGAUUCUCCU